UUACAAUUUGGACUGCAAAAUAAGGUUCUUCAAAUGUAAUAAAGCCUCCAAUACUUUUGUUACUCUUAAAAUCCUAUUGGUCAUACCUCCUAGCAGAAAUUGUAAUGAAGACAUGCCACCUACUUUUGCAAGAAAAGCAAGAAAAGGAUUCACUAACAACCCUUUCUUGUCACUUAGUUUUUCCUUGUGAAAAGGCUAUUGGAAGAAUGUCAUUUAAAAUGUAAUGCAUCCAAAUCAAACGAUUAGAAGAAAUGAGGGAUUAAUCUUGCACAAUGAGUUCAAACUUGCUUGAAAACUAUUACUCCUAAAAUCCUAUUAGCCACACCUUGCAACAAAAGUUGCAAUGAAGGUGGGCCACCUACUUUUGCAAGAAAAGCAGGAAAAGGAUUCACCAACAACCCUAUCCUUCCACUUGGUUUUCUUUUUUUGUGAAAAGGUUGUUGGAAGAAUAUUGUUUAAAAUAUAGUGCACUCGAAUCU